UAAAGCCGCUGCUUGGCUGGAUGCAGGGAUUUUCAGGAUGAGUUGUAUGGAAAGAGGCACAUCAUGUAAACAGCAGCCAUGGAUGGAACGUUGAUUCGUUAGAAAAGUCGGCGCCUUUUCUGCUUUUUAUUACAUUUGUCCGCGAAGCUUUUCUUUGGGACGAACAAGCUGCCAGCCCGAUUUAAGCUAGCUGUCACAUAGCCAGAAGCCACAUCAGCUGCCGUUAGCAAUCAGCGUAGCAUCAACGGAAGACAGCUACUACAUUUUGUCAUGGCGGAGGGCAUCAUGAGCAAAGCAGCUACGAUGGAGAUUCCCAUUAACAGUAAUGGAGACACUGGGACCCAGCCAGAAGAUGACAGUCUGGAGCAGGAUUUGCAGCAGGUGAUGGUGUCGGGGCCCAACCUGAACGAAACCAGCAUCGUCUCGGGAGGUUACGGCGGUCCGGCGGGGGGCAUCAUUCCGACCAGCACCAUCAAAGGGCCAGCCAUUCGAUUCAACCCCGAAUAUUUGGACAGAAGAGGUGCCCCCGCGCCUGCGCCAGACAUCCGCAUGAAAUCUCGGGCCGCCAGCUCGCCCACCGGCCAGCCGGUUGCCGGUCGACUGGCGCAGCACGGCAGCGAGCAGCUCUCAGGCUCCUCAAACCAUAGCACCUGCACGGCGAUGGAAGAAGUGUCUCGUGGCGUGGCAGUGGAGAAGCUGGACAGUGUGAAGAAAUGGGGCAUAAACACAUAUAAGUGCACCAAGCAGAUGUUCUCGGAGCGCUUCGGCCGAGGCUCGCGGACGGUCGACCUGGAACUGGAGGCUCAGAUCGACGUGCUGAGAGACACCAAGAGCAAGUACGAGAACAUCCUCAGGCUGGCCACGGCGCUCACAAGCCACUUCCAGAGCAUGGUGCAGACGCAGCAAGCUCUCGGGGACACCUUCACCGACCUCAGCCAGAAGUCGCCCGAGUUGCAGGAUGAGUUUGGGUAUAACGCGGAAACUCAAAAACUAUUGUGCAAGAACGGCGAGUCCCUGCUGGGCGCCAUCAGCUUCUUUGUGUCCAGCAUUGACACUUUGGUCAACAAAACCAUGGAGGACACCUUGAUGACCAUCAAGCACUACGAAAACGCAAGGUUGGAGUUUGACGCCUACCGCUCUGACUUGGAAGAGCUGAGUUUGGGCCCCAGGGACAGCGCCGCCAUGGUCCGCAUCGACAUGGCCCAGCACGAAUACCAAGUGCACAGGGACAAAUACGAGCGGCUGCGCAGCGACGUCACCAUCAAGCUCAAGUUCUUGGAGGAGAACAAGGUGAAAGUGAUGCACAAGCAGCUGCUGCUUUUCCACAACGCCAUCUCGGCCUACUUCGCUGGCAACCAGCAGCAGCUGGAACAAACUCUGGUGCAGUUCAACGUCAAGUUGAAGCCGCCUGGGGCCGACAAGCCGUCCUGGCUUGAGGAACAGUGACACGUGCUCAUUGCGGGAUCAGCGCAGAAAAUAUGGAAAGUCUCCUUUUUUUUUUUUUUGUAGUCCUCACUUGUUCUAUAUUAUCAGCACGAGUUUUGUUUUUAUUUAAGCCACACACUAUUCUUAUUCUUGGAUGAAUCAUUCCUUUUUCUGUAUAUAAGAAUAUGUAAAGUCUCGAAUUCUUUUUAGUGGAGAUGGCUCUUGGGCAUUUUAGUCUUUUUUGUUGUUGUCACCUUUUUUUUUUUUUAGAACGGUACAUGAUAGUUUGAAAGUGAACGUGAUUAUUUUAUAUAACAAAUGAGACAUCUAGUGAUCCGAGCGAUGCAGCGUGAGCCUUGCAAUUGCUUCUCUUCUUCGUCAGUAUGAUGAUAUUUGGAGACCACAAACAUUUUCCUUUCAUCUCAAGAAUAGACAAGGGAAGCCAGCCCACCAUUUUUGGGUCAUUUCCAGAGCUUCUUUCAAGACAAACGUUUGUCCAAUCGCUACCAGAUUUGAACUUGGUCAUUUGGAUACAAGGACGACAGGAAGUUAGGAGAAAUUCAAUUGGUGCAUUUAUUCCCAGCUAUCGUGGUUCAAAGUGGCCAUUUUUAUGGCAAUUGACCAUCGAAUUGGAACCUUGUGAGAAGUGCACAUUUUCCGCCUUUGGUGCGGGCACAGCAUGUUUGAGUCACUCACUCCCAGCCACAGAAUGAAGCGCAAAUGUCAUCGACACAAAUGUACAGGACAUGCAAUAAGUGCUUUCGUCUUUGGAGUAUAGCCGCUUCGGCUGUUGUUUUACAGGAUGAGAUGAAACAUUGUGUGCGUGUGUGUACGACAUAUCGAGUCAAUCCCGCCCGCGGGUGUCAAAUCUGACACCGUGCUUUGGGGGAAUUCAGCACUAUUUACUGGCCUUAUUUAAUGGACACAAUUCUUGGAGCGAAAUGAGCAGAGGUCAGUAUUUGGAGCAAAUUGUUACACGGGCGGGCUGUUUUUCUCCCACCUAUCUAUCUAUUUAUCCACCUGUGCAGAGAGCCUUGUAUUUUCACGUCUUUGUCCUUGUCGUGCAGCUCCCAAAUAAAAAUCCGCUCGCUGGAUGACUUUGUUCCAUUUAAAUGAACAAUUGAUUUGGGCAUGACCGCCUGCGAUAACAAAAGUGGCAAGUCUCACGUCAUCUUUUCCAUGAACAUGAUUAAUGUGCAUGUUUAUUAUGUAUGCCAGUGUUGCAUGUGGGUAUUUUUUCGACUUCAAUGUUACUCGUGUACACGACAGUGCAUUUAAUGCUGAUAUGCUGUACAAUUAACAUUUGAACUACAUUUCUCAA